CUCUCCCUCUUUCUCUCUCUCUGGGAGGGAUUGUAUGACAGCUUUUCCUGCUGUUUGCGGAGCGGAGUGGAGUGGGGACGAAGAAAACUCUCUUACUCUACGGUGCAGGGAGGAAGUCGCCACCUCUGCCCCUGACUCUGUCAACGUGCGUGUGUAUGUGAGUGAGUGUGUGUGUCUGCCUCCCUGUGUGAGUGUGUCUGUGAGUGUGUGGAUGUGUGUGUGUCUGUGUGUGUGUGCGUGCGUGCGUACGAGUGAACCUCCCGUAGACGAGCCAAACUGCAGCAGAGUUUAGAGACCGGGACAGCAGGACUGUUGCAGAUUUGUCUUGCAUGCUCUGGACACCUUGAGUUUGGAUUUGUGCUGCUGGACCAAACUUUUGAUGAUGUGUCAGGACUCUUUUAGGAUUGCUUGAGGUACUCUUUAGCCAGAUGAAGAGGCUAGUCUAAAGGAGAAGUCACAACCCACUUCUUUGAGAGGAGAGCGUCGGAGUCUGGCCCAUCAGCACAGUUUCACUGCACUAUGGAGUAACCCUGACAUCCUCCUGCUGAACCAUCUGGUGUGACAAAGAAAGAGCCAAGAUGGACGCCAAGAGGACAGACAUGGCACUGCUGAGCAACAGCAUUGCUGCCUACGCUCAUAUCAAAAACAAUCCGGAGAGCUUUGGUCUGUAUUUCGUGAUUGGCGUUUGUUUUGGCCUGGUGCUCACCCUCUGUCUCCUGGUGGUGCGCAUCUCAUGUAAGCCACGCACCAAGACCCCGUCUCCCACGCCGGAGAAGAAGCAGCUGAAGGACUUCAGCGAGGACGAGGAGGACGAGGACAGUGAUGAAGAGGAGGAGGAUGAGGAGGAGGUGGAGGAAGAGGGGGUGGAGAGGGACGUGGAGAUGGCCCUGCCGCUUCCCACCACUGAGAUCCCCGCCAGCAACCACACGAGCCAUUCGGACGGGACUCUGAGCGUGAACGUGUUCACGUCGGCCGAGGAGCUGGAGCGCGCCCAGAGGCUGGAGGAGAGAGAGAGGAUCAUCCGUGAGAUCUGGAGGAACGGCCAGCCCGACAUCCUGGGCACCGGGACGGGCACCAUCGGACGAGUGCACUACUACUAGCCGCGCGCGGCCACACGGGGGCGCCAGAGACGCUCUGGAGAAAAAACAGUUAUACCAGGUGCCAAGUGACAUGGAUGGAAGGACUAACGGUGCUGUUACCAGAGAUGCUGGUUUAACAUCUCAUUUGCUGGACCUUUCAUUGACUUUUAUUUUGAAAAAAAGCGUGCCAACACAGAGACUCACUUCUCGGUGCUUCAUGACCUCAGAAUGUUACCUCUCUCAAUACCUGAGGGUGACAAUGCUGAGGGGAAAUCUCUUGACAUUCCCAUAGUGCUCAUUCUAAUGUCCAUUUCUGGAUGUAGACUAAAAUGCCUGUAGUCUAUAGGUCUCUUUCUCACAGAUCAUUGGUGCCAAGAACUCCAGAACGUCAAUGGAUGGAUGAAUGUAUCUAUCUGUACAUAAACUGUUACUUUCCACUUCCAUAAUGAGUACAUGAGUAAUGCAGUAUGUUUUGAAAAUCAGGUUCAAUAUGAUGAUGACACUCUUUGCAAUGAGCAUCUUUAUCGUAGUCUCACUUAGUCAAACCACAGGCACACAUCUUUUCACAAUGCACAGGAUCACAGGAUGUGAAGAGGAUGGGUACUAAUCUCUUGAAAUGUUGUGAGGACCAACAUGGUAGCCAUAUGCCAUUCAGGGGUAAUCUACCAUCUAACCGCAUGAUUUAAACUGGCCUGAGAUGGUGUCAUAUAGUCAAAUUAUCACUUUAUACCUUAGUAUCGGAAAUGAUAUAUUUGCACAAAACUGAUUUCAUGAGUGUGCUGAAGAGAGAAAAACAUAUUAUAUAUAUAUCACAUUUCCCUGAUAACAUUCACAAUGCAUAUUCAAAAAUACAGUUGGUCUUUCCUAAAUCCUUCUAUAAGCCAUCUUAUGCACUCAUGAUGGUAUGUACAAAAUGAACAAUCAUUUUCACAGAUGUGUCUUAAGGUCAGAACUUAGAAAAAUGUUCUAUUUUUAACUUGACAGGUUUACUGACUUUCGUGCCGUGGCUGAAGUCUGGGGUCUGUUAUGAGAAGUAAAACGGCGAAUAAAGGCUGUGUCCUCCCUCUGGAUAGGGAGUAUGAGAUGGGAGGCCUCUGCCCCCUCAGUCCCCUUUCCCACUGCCGGGCUCAAAAUAGAAAUCCGAGACUUGAAACGGAAAUGGCCACGUUGACUGGAGGCUGUGGGACUAUUCAAACCAGAGGGGAAAUGAAUUGCAUUGAAAUAAUAAACGAAUGAAACCGU